AUUUUUGUAGAAUCUAAUUCUAAGUACCAAUGAAAGCAAGUGAUUUUAUUUUAACUGAUAUAAUUAGUAGGACUUGUCACUCUUCUAAUAUCAAUUCUGAAGUAUCUAGGGAACAACCAUUAAUUAGUGAACUACUUUCAAAAAAUUGGCCUCCACAAAUUGGAACGGCAAAUUUGGUUAAGAAUAAAGAUCAACAAUAUUUUAAGAGGAGCAAUAAAGAUAUUUUUGAUUCAAUACCAAAACAAAACAGAACAUUAGGAACAUCUAGAAUUCAAGACUCUAAAAUAGAUAGAACUGUAUUUGUUGGGAAUAUUGGGUUAAAUGUUGUUGAGAAGGAUCUUUUGAAGAAACUUGAACUAACUAGAGCAGAUAUAGAGUCUAUAAGAUUCAGGUCAUUACCUGUGCAUCCGAAGUUUUCACAUAAUCGUAAACUAGGGGCUAUAUUAGAGGGUUUUUCAUGUAAAAGCGACUCUAAAAAUGCCUAUAUUGUGCUAAAAGAUAGUAGUAAAGUUCCAGAGCUUGUCAAGAAGUUUACAGGUAUAAUUCUUGCAGGUCAUACAAUGAGAUUAUCACCUGCUUAUAUAGUUGAUAAUUUUAAUAUAUUCGAUCGGAAGAGGACUAUAUUUGUUGGUAAUCUACCAUCUUUAUGUUCUGAAGAUGAACUAAGACAAUUUGUAAUGCAGAAUAUCGGUACAAAUUGUGUAGAUGCGGUAAGAAUAGUAAGAUCAAAAAUCACCGGGAAGACGAAAGGUUUUGGUUUUAUUUUAUUUAAUGAUAGGAAAUUCGUUAAUAUUGCACUGAAAAAACUGCAGGGAUCUUUGUUUGUUCAGAAUUCCUUAAAUAUAAUGAAAGCUCUACCUAAAGACCAAGUAGUAGACAAUAUGAACAAUUCUAGCAGGAUAAAAUACAUAUACUAUGUAAAGUCUUAUGUAAAUUAUUUUGUUUAUAAACUAUAAUUUAUCUGUC